GAUUUUUUUGUGUGCCGUACCCUUAAGCCGGAAGUUGUUGGUAUCCAUCAAAUAUUUCAUACGUAGCUAACUAACUGAAUUGAUGAUUUAUCGCCCAUCUAAUUGGGGUGCAUUUAUAACUAAUGCCUUCCCCAAAAAGUCAUAAAUGAAGAAAUUGGUGCCUCACAAGACCUAAUACUAGUAACGACGUUAUUCCCGCCGGCGGGUUGCCAUGGCUACUAGGAUGAAGUUAAAACUGAAGACUGUGUUUGUCCUCUACUUCAUGGUCUCACUUAUGGGCCUCAUCUACGCUCUCAUGCAGCUUGGCCAGCGCUGUGACUGUGCAGAGCAUGACAUGCCCAAGGACCGUACUAUCUCUCGUCUGCGGGGGGAACUGCAUCGGCUACAGGAGCAGAUGAGGAAGGCUGAGCCCACCAAACUCCCUCAAAAACUAGCAGUGAAACCGGCCCAACCCACCAUCUACGUCAUCACACCAACCUACACCAGGUUUGUCCAGAAAGCAGAGUUAACCCGGCUUGCCCAGACGUUCCUCCAUGUCCCUCAGCUCCACUGGAUCCUGGUGGAAGACUCUCCCCAUAAAACCCCUCUGGUCUCUGGGUUCCUGGCCUCCAGCGGCCUGGCCUACACGCACCUCCACACCCCCACACCACGCGACCGCAAACUACAGGAGGGUGACCCUAGCUGGUUGAAACCCCGCGGGGCGGAGCAGAGGAACGAGGGGCUGCGUUGGCUGAGAGAGGACAGGAGGGGGCAGCCUGGAGCAGACACACAGCUGGGGGUGGUCUACUUCGCUGACGAUGACAACACAUACAGCCUACAGCUAUUUGAGGAGAUGCGUGGUACCCAGCGUGUGUCUGUGUGGCCAGUCGGCCUGGUGGGAGGGAUGAGAUAUGAGAGACCUGUGGUCGAGGGGGGGAAGGUUGUACGCUUCCAUACUGGCUGGCGCCCCAGCCGCCCCUUCCCAUUGGACAUGGCUGGCUUCGCCGUGUCGCUCAAGCUGGUGAUAGCCAAUCAGGACGCAUGUUUCGACGGCGACGCACCGAUGGGGUUCUUGGAAAGCAGCUUCCUGCAGGGAUUGGUUACCAUGGACGAACUGGAACCUAAGGCGGAGAAUUGUACAAAGGUGUUGGUGUGGCACACGCGGACAGAGAAGCCCAAGAUGAAACGAGAGGAAGCGCUUCAGAAACAAGGCCUGGGGUCUGAUACUGCUGUAGAGGUGUGAGGACAACACACACACACACACACACACCUACAACUACACACACCUACAACUACACACACCCACUACAUCUGCUUUAAACCGUUCCAUGCGUCUGAAAAAGGCUCCCUGUAUAGUGCAAUACUUUUGUCCAGAGCCUUAUGGGUCUCUAGCUGUAAGGGUUCACUUAAUGGGUCUCUAGCUGUAAGGGUUCACUUAAUGGGUCUCUAGCUGUAAGGGUUCACUUAAUGGGUCUCUAGCUGUAAGGGUUCACUUAAUGGGUCUCGAGCUGUAAGGGGUUCACUUAAUGGGUCUCGAGCUGUAAGGGUUCACUUAAUGGGUCUCGAGCUGUAAGGGUUCACUUAAUGGGUCUCGAGCUGUAAGGGUUCACUUAAUGGGUCUCGAGCUGUAAGGGUUCACUUAAUGGGUCUCGAGCUGUAAGGGUUCACUUAAUGGGUCUCGAGCUGUAAGGGUUCACUUAAUGGGUCUCGAGC